AUGGAUACCUUAGAAGAGCCUGAGUGUCCUCCACAUAAAAAUCGUAUUUUUGUGAGCUCGAGUAAAGAUUUUGAAGGCUAUCCCAGCAAAGCAAUAGUUCCCGUGCAAUUCGUGGCGCUUUUAACCUCAAUACACCUGACUGAAACAAAAUGUUUGCUAGGCUUUUCUAAUUUUGAGAGGCGAGGAGAUCAAUCCCAAGAAGAUCAAUAUUUAAUCAAACUGAAGUUCAAAGAUAGGGGCUCGGAGAGGUUAGCCCGGAUCACUAUUUCCUUACUUUGCCAAUACUUUGAUAUUGAACUGCCAGAUUUAGAUUCUGACUCAGGCGCAUCCCCAACAGUAAUACUGAGAGAUAUUCACCUUGAAAGGUUAUGUUUUUCAAGUUGUAAAGCUUUAUAUGUAUCAAAACACGGGAACUAUACUCUAUUCUUAGAGGACAUAAAACCGUUGGAUUUGGUAAGUGUGAUAAGCACCAUAUCUACAAAAUCGACAAAUAGCAGCAAGCAUUCGUCAUCAGAACUUAUUUCAGAAUGUGAUUUGAACAACUCACUUGUGGAUAUCUUCAACAAUUUAAUAGAAAUGAAUAGAGACGAGAAAAACAGGUUUAAAUUUGUAAAGUUGAUUCACUACGAUAUAGAACUAAAAAAGUUCGUUCAAGACCAACAAAAGGUAUUAUCGCAGAAAUCAAAAGCCGCAGCAAUUAAUCCUUUCUUUGUGCCAAAUAGACUAGGGAUACCUUACAUUGAAUCCCAAAACGAAUUCAACUCGCAGCUUAUGACGCUUAAUGUAGAUGAACCGACCACAGAUAUAAGCAACAUGGGAGAGGAAAUGCAUGACAGCGCAGAUCCCAUUGAGGAUUCAGAUUCCUCAACUACCUCCUCUACCGGGAAAUAUUUCAGCUCAAAAUCCUACAUCCAGUCACAGACACCUGAAAGGAAAACAAGCGUACCAAAUAAUUGGCACGAUGAUGAUUCCGGAAGCAAGAGGAAGAGAAAGCUUUCUUUCCACAGUCCGAACGCGUCCUCAAUCCGCAAAGCCAUCAGUUAUGAGCAACUUUCCCUAGCUAGUGUAGGCUCAGUUGAAAGGUUAGAGGGCAAAAUUGUUGGCAUGAAUCCACCUCAAUUCGCCAGUAUAAAUGAGUUCAAAUAUUGCACAUUGAAAUUAUAUUUUACGCAGCUCUUACCAAAUGUCCCAGACAAGGUCCUGGUGCCAGGCGUCAAUUGCAUUGAGAUCGUUAUCCCGACGAGAGAGCGAAUCUGUGAGCUCUUCGGUGUUUUAAACUGUCAAAGCGACAAGAUAUCGGAUAUUUUACUACUGGAAAAGCCUGAUCGAAUUUCCGUCGAAGUUGAAAGGAUCCUGUGGGACAAUGACAAGACCGCCAGCCCAGGUAUGGCAGUAUGGAGUUUGAAGAACAUUAGCACCGACACGCAGGCGCAGGCGCAGGUGCAGGUGCCUGCGCAAUCGUCGGCGUCAAUCGAUCCGUCUCGCACAAGGAUGAGCAAAAUGGCAAGGAAAGACCCCACCAUCGAAUUCUGUCAGUUGGGACUCGACACUUUUGAGACCAAAUACAUAACAAUGUUUGGCAUGCUAGUCUCCUGCUCGUUUGAUAAACCUGCCUUUAUAUCUUUUGUCUUUAGCGAUUUUACCAAGAACGAUAUCGUCCAAAACUAUCUUUACGACAGAUAUCUAAUAGAUUACGAGAACAAGUUAGAGCUGAACGAGGGCUUCAAAGCCAUCAUGUACAAAAACCAAUUCGAAACGUUUGACUCUAAGCUCAGAAAAAUAUUCAACAACGGGCUAAGAGAUCUACAGAACGGCCGCGAUGAAAACCUUUCGCAAUACGGCAUAGUUUGUAAGAUGAAUAUAAAAGUGAAAAUGUACAACGGCAAAUUGAAUGCCAUUGUGCGCGAAUGUGAGCCGGUCCCGCAUUCCCAAAUAAGCAGCAUCGCCUCGCCUUCACAGUGCGAACAUUUAAGAUUGUUCUACCAACGAGCGUUCAAGAGAAUUGGCGAAUCCGCAAUUUCACGCUAUUUCGAAGAGUACCGGAGGUUUUUCCCCAUACAUAGAAACGGUUCUCAUCUCGCGAAACUGAGGUUCGAUGAAGUAAAGCAUGAACCAAAAAAAUCACCCACUACACCAGCUCUCGCAGAACACAUACCCGACCUGAAUGCAGACGUGUCCUCCUUCGAUGUAAAGUUCACAGAUAUAUCUUCUCUCUUGGACUCCUCGGCUCGCCUCCCGCGCCCACAGCAAACACACAAGAGCAACACAUUAUACAGUUGCGAGGGCCGUAUCAUCGCCAUCGAGUACCACGCAUCUGAUCUCUGCUUCCAUAUCACGAAUGAGCUCCCACUUUUACAAACCCGCGGCUUGGCCCCGGAGCGAGUGUUGCAACUACACAUCAUUACCUCCAAGAACUUUGCUUAUUUUUUCAACCGCUCAAGCGCCUACUUACAGCGUCAGCCUCUUGAGGAAAAAUAUACGCAAUUGGCACAAUUUCUCGGCCAUUCAUUUAAAUUCAAUAUAACCUCCUCGCUCACGCUGUUCCCUGACACUACCGUGGCACUCCAGAUCUGGUGCCCAAUUGAAUGCACCUUUCGGGAAUUGCAACAACAGCUGGCCCAUCCGAAGGUUGCAGCGGCUCCUGAUUCAGGGAGUCUUGAUUGCGCAAUUAAUGCUACCGUCAAUCCUCUGCGACUUCUUGCCGCGCAAAAUGGCGUCACCGUGAAAAAGGAGGAGGAUAAUGACGAUGACGCCGGAGCCGUUCCCACCUCGUAA